ACUACAAUUUGGGUGAGACGUAUUCACUGUGCGCACAGUACAGGCUUUGAUAACGGUGUGCUUUUAUUACGGAAGACGGAGGGCUUUUGGAAAUAUUGAAAUGCAAUGUUUAUGAUGUUAAUAUCUAUGCGUACUGAGGUUUCUACCAUCUGAGCAGUGACGGAGCUGAAGACUGACACAUUAGAAAUGUGAUCUGACGGUAUCCAUGCGACGGCUUUCUGCAUCAAUACCCGUAUUUCCGUACUAAUACCAGCUAUCUCUCUCAAUUUCAGGUCGACUCUUGCUGAAAUCUCCUAGCAUGAAGCAUCGCAUGGUCAAUUGAAUUGGUCAUAGAAUGGAGUUUCCUGCAGUAAACCACAGCUGUACACAUCCACCAGCACAGCCAUGGGCCGGACAGAGUCCCAGGACCCCAACCAUGCCUCCACCCAGCUGUCCAUUUCCUUCAUAUCACUAUCCAAACUUGAACCCAGAUCAGCAGAGUGUGACCCCCAUGACCCACAUGACAGAAACCACAGCAGGCCAUCGGCCUCAGUCGCUGUACUGGGACUCCUCACAGCAAAGCUACCAGGGAGUGUUAAAGCCUGUUCCUGAGAUUACAAAUAUGAAAAAUCAAGGAAUGCCACAGAGAAGCGUAUCAUUACCAACGAGUCCAGUGUCAAAUUCUAAGACAGAGUCUCGGUACGGCCUGGAUCCUCAGCUUCUACCCAGUGUGGUCCAGGUGAUUAAAGAGGACAGGAUCCAGUGGGAGGGGAAAGUGUUUGUUUCAGAAUGCAAAUCUUCAGUUCCCCCUCUCUCCUCAACACAAUGCACCCUGGAGGACAGAGGUAAUGCCACAGCUCGUUUUAUCCGCUGCACGUCCUACAGCUUUCCUGUGGAUCCUCAGUCAGCUCAGAAGAGUCGUCUCCCGCUGGGUGCAGUCGUGUGUCCACUGGCCAGGCCGGAAAAAGGAGAACGUGAUGUGCCAGUUUGUGAGGCGGGAGAUUGUGUUAAGGGCUGUGCACACUGCGGGGCCUUCAUGAGUCCUGCUAUGAGCUGGCAGGACUGCGGGCAAAGAUUCUACUGCCCUUUUUGCCACAAACUCAAUGAAGUGCCAUGGCAGUCCUAUCAGCCCACUAAUCAGGGCCGCCGCGUCGACUGCGAAAAAAAACCUGAGCUCAGUCUCGGCUCAUAUGAGAUCCUGGAAAAACAGACGGGUAAAGCUGCGGUGUUGCUGCUGGCGAUAGAUGUGUCUGCCAGUGCGAUGAGAACGGGGCAGCUAGGACACAUUUGUAAGCAGAUUUGUUCUCAACUGCAAGCUUUAAAUGGGCCUGAAGAAACUGAGCUAUCAGAUCUUCGGGUGGGUUUGAUGACCUAUGACAGCCGGAUCCAUCUGUAUAACCUGAGUCCGGCUCUGUCCCGUCCUCACAUGAUGGUCAUCACUGACUGUGAGGAGCUGGAGCUUCCUGUGGUGGAGGGCCUUCUGGUGCCCCUGAAAGACUGUAGACACAUUCUUGAGAGAGUUCUACAGGAAAUUUUACUUUUCAACUCAGAGCCAGAUAGAUUUAGCUCACAGGAGCUUUCUGUUUCUGCAGGGCUGAAGAUUCUCCAGGAUGCAGCAUCUCCAGGAAAAUUAUUGAUAUUCCAUUCCUCACCUGUUUCUGAAGGCUCAAAUCUGAAAAGCUCCCCAGGUUUCUUCAGCUCUAGCAAAGUGAAGUCCAUCUUCCAAGGACCAGAUUCUUCGAUCUCAUUGGCUAAAGAAUGUGUCAGUCAAGGCUGCAGCGUGCACAUUUUUGUGUUCUCCCAUCAAGAAGUGGGCGGGGCUUGGCCAGGACACAUCCCUUUUCUCACAGGGGGUGGGGUCAUCUGCUAUAACAGUCUACAGUCGGAGCUGGAACAGGAACGCUUCCGAGCUGAUUUGAGCAGAUGUGUCAAUAUGCAGAUGGCCUUCAAAGUUCAGCUCAGAGUUUUUAUCAGUAAAGAGAUGCGCAUAUCUGGUUGCUAUGGCUCCUUCAUCGCCGGUCCUGACUCCUGCUGUGUUGCCAUGGCAGCGCUUGAUUGGCGCACAGCUCUGGCAUUUGAGUUCGCUCACAACAAGCCUUUGGAUGAAUCGAGGGGUGUAGCUAUACAGUUUGUGCUGUCAUACAGUAGCUCCUCCGGAGAGAACAGGACACGGAUCCACACCGUUAUUCUGUCCGCUUCCUGUCAUCCUCUAGACACCUUUAGAAGCAGCCAGGCCGAGACGCUCCUCACAUUCUACUGCAAGAAAUUGUAUUCAUUAGCACUGGAGAGUCCUCUGCAGUCCCUGCGUGAGGAGUUACAGACGGAGGUCACAGAGAUGUUGGCUUGCUUCAGGAAACAAAGCUGCACUACCUCUGUGUCCCCAGGACAGCUGGUGCUGCCUCAGUUUCUGAAAGCUGUACCUGUCUACAUUAACAGUCUGCGCAAAAGUGAUGUGCUGCUGCCCGGGCUGCGGAGCUCUGUACAUCAGCGUCUACAGCUGCGUAGCCUCAUCAUCUCCAUGGACACGCGGAGCACUGCUUCUCAGUUCUACCCACUUAUUCUGCCUCUGUCUGACUCUGCUGAUAAUGCCAACAUGCCAUCAUUAGGGGAAGCCGUGCGCUGUACUGUCUCUAGUCUGGAUCCAGGGGGUCUGUAUCUCAUCUUCUGCCCACUGGCACUGCUCCUUUGGGUGGGCAGCUGUGUGCCUCCUCACACUCUUCUACAGCUUUUCAACACCAACUCCUUCUCCUACCUCACAUCUGGAGAG